AUGUCGACAUCCAAUUGCCGUUAUUACGAAAACAAGUACCCCGAAGUGGACGAUGUGGUGAUGGUCAACGUACAGCAAAUCGCCGAAAUGGGUGCGUACGUCAAAUUGUUAGAAUACGACAACAUCGAGGGUAUGGUUCUGCUGAGCGAACUGUCGAGAAGACGUAUCAGAUCGAUCCAAAAAUUGAUUCGUGUGGGCAGAAACGAAGUGGUGGUCGUGUUGCGUGUGGACAAGGAAAAGGGCUACAUCGACUUGUCCAAGCGUCGUGUAUCAUCUGAGGACAUCAUUAAGUGCGAAGAGCGCUACCAGAAAUCCAAGGCUGUGCACUCCAUCGUCAGACACUGUGCCGAGAAGUUCUCGUUCCCCUUGGAAGACCUCUACAAGUCUGUGGCGUGGCCUUUGAGUCGAAAGUACGGCCAUGCCUACGAUGCAUUCAAGUUGUCGAUCGUGGACGAUACCGUGUUUGAAGGUCUAGAACCCCCUAGUCCGGAGAUUUUCGAUGAGUUGCGUCUCUACAUUUCUCGCAGAUUGACGCCUCAGGCCGUCAAGAUCAGAGCCGACAUCGAGGUGUCGUGCUUCAGCUACGAGGGCAUAGACGCCAUCAAGGCUGCGCUACAGGCCGCCGAGGACUUGUCCACGGAACAAAUGCAAAUCAAAGUCAAACUGGUCGCCGCUCCUUUGUAUGUGCUGACCACUCAAGCCCUGGAAAAACAGCAAGGUGUAGAGCUGCUAGACAAGGCCAUCGAGAAGAUUACCGAGGUCAUCACCGCGCAUGACGGUUUCUGCAACAUCACAAUGCCUCCCAAGGCGGUCACUGCUACCGAAGAUGCCGAAUUGCAAGCACUUUUGGAAAACAAGGCUCUGGAGAACGGUUCGGAUUCCGAAGAGGAAGAGUCCGACGAAGAAUGA